AAUCCGAAAACUGUGUGUGCAGCUUGUCGACACCACGGAAGCUGACAUUAGAGAAUUAGGGGUAAGGCCGAAGAGGCAGGCAUUUAUCAUUAUUUCUCUUUGUUUCUUGCCGAGAGAAGUGAGCAACCGGAUUAAAUCGAUUCCCACCAAAAGGAAGAAAGAACGAGAAUUCCCUUUGGUAAUCCGACUGGUUCGGGUGAUACCUAAGAAAAACAAUAUGCCUCCAGCCAGCUCGUCGUUUACGGCGUUGAAUUUGCCAGAAACAUUUUCUCUCCCACAAUGCAUGGAAUAUUUUACCCUUACCGCGGGUCCCAAUACCGAUCUCUGGCGGAAGCCUCCAAAUGGCGACACGUCCACAGCACCCAUUGUAUUUACGUCACUACGAAAUCCAUUCAUACUCGCAGAAGUGACCGUUAGUGCGGACUGGGAAAUGGAAUGGGAUCAAGGUGGACUGGUGAUUUUUGCUGGAGCCGCACCACAGUCCUGCUCGUCCGGCAGCGUCCCAUUGGAUUCCGGAAUGCGAUCGAGUCGUUCGGGAUAUCCCCAGAUCGCACGACCAUGCAAAUGGGUUAAAGCGGGUAUGGAGUUUAGCUCGGGCACCGUCAAUGUCUCUUCGGUCAGUGCAACUGCGGAUGGAGCUGAUUGGUGUCUUUCACCGCUCAACUUCCCCGACAGCGGACCAUCGGCCGUGCAGUCGCUGCGCAUCAAACUAGAGCGGAUCGGUAACUCUCUCUGGAUCUGGUAUCAGAUCCCAUCCGCAGUUCCAUAUGCUCUGACCCCAAGCGCAGUGAGCAGCACGUGGAAGAAGCUACGGGAGGUGACAUGGUUCUUCUACGGCGUGGAAGACAAGUUUAUCCAUGUGGGAGUUUACGCGAGUCGGCCGAAUAACAUAUCUCGCAAUAGUACCAUGUGGGAGAUGAUGAAUGGUCCGGUCUUGAGCGAGUCCACAGUAGGCUCUCAGGACUCUUUGGUGGUUGAGUUCGAAGACCUAGAGAUAUACUAACGACGUUUGGCCCUUUACUCCCGAUAAUAUACCAUCUGUGUUUCUCCGUUUGGGAUUUAAUCAGCGCAGCCACGACCCACGAAUGGCUUAUGAGCCCACGACUCCAUGUUUGGCGCCGCUGGUUAGGCCCAACAUGUUGAGUCACUUUUGUUCCCCCCCUUGAUUUACCAUAAUUGUCUUGAGGAUAUAAUGUCAAGCAUACAGAGGAGCAUGAUGAGCGUACCGGUGUUUUCC